AAUAUGAACGUUUGUCAAAUAUAUGGAGUUCAAAUAGUUAUACUGCACACAUACCAGGGAUCCCUUCCAAUGUAGUCCACGGUCCACCCACCUAAUAUGGAUAAAUCUUUAUGAAUAUAUUAUGUUUAUGACACCACAAAUUUAAUUCUUAUCCCUCUUUUCUUCUCCAUGCUACCAUAGUCAAAAUCUUUUCAAAUUUGUCUACGUCCUGUUUUCAAAAACAUCUUUAGUGAAAUUUUCAACCUUAAAACAACUUCAUUGAAAGAAUCUCAAGUAUGGAUGUCUCAUAAAAAUAUAAAAAGUAGUUAUAUGGUAUCUCAAAUGUUGAAAAUUAAUUUAUUAUAUUUGAGAUAUUUUCGGUGAAGUUUUGAACAUUUGAGAUAGUUAGUUACUUCUAUAUAGAUUUUCUGUACCUUUUAUGAGAUUUUUAUAUGUCAAGAACCUUUAAAUAGAGUUUUUAAGAAAACCUUUUUCAUGUAAGUAUGCAUAAAUAUUUAUAUUUGUCUGAGGAUAUCUCAAAAUUACUAGAAAGUUAUUUUAGAUAUUUUGAAAUAAUUGUAGCAAUUUAAAAUACCCACACUAAUAUUUUAUUAAUAUAUAGUUUAUUUUAUUCAUCUUUUGUAACGGUCCUCAUUUAUGGUAUUCAUUACCAGGAAAAUCAUCCACUCAAUGCAUUGGAUUUAUUACCAUUUUCUGUAAUAUAAAAUCUACAUAUUUGUAAAAGGAUAAAGCAUAUAUAGCUUCUAACUCCAACCUUCCCUUCGCUUACUCUAAAUCACUAUCCAAGCCAAAGUCAACAACAAAGGUCUUCGAUCUCUCUCUCUAUCUCUUCUCUCUCACUAGCUCCUUUUCACACACACUUCGUGGCCAAUAUAUUCCAACCAGAACACCACCUUAAAAACAUCCCUCUCUCACACAUACCUCUCUCUUAGUACCAAAUCAACAUAAAAUGAAGAGCUUAGCCAUCCAAAUCCUAACAGGAAGAUGGUUUAUGUUCUUCGCGAGUCUCUUAAUCAUGUCGGCGGCUGGAGCCACUUAUAUGUUCGGUCUCUACUCAGGUGAUAUCAAGACAGCCUUAGGCUACGACCAAACCACUCUUAACCUCCUCAGUUUCUUCAAAGAUCUUGGAGCCAACGUCGGUAUCAUCGCGGGUCUACUCAACGAGGUGUCUCCUCCUUGGUUCACUCUCAUAAUCGGAGCUAUACUUAACUUCUUCGGCUAUUUCAUGAUCUGGCUUGCCGUUACAAAACGGAUCUCGAAGCCUAAAGUUUGGCACAUGUGUCUCUAUAUAUGCGUUGGAGCUAACUCUCAGUCUUUCGCUAAUACCGGAUCCAUCGUCACAUGUGUCAAGAACUUCCCAGAGUCACGUGGUUUUGUCUUGGGGAUUCUCAAGGGAUAUGUUGGUCUUAGUGGUGCUAUUUUUACACAGCUCUACCAUGCCUUUUAUGGCGACGACACCAAAUCUCUAAUACUGAUGAUUGGUUGGUUACCUGCAGCAAUCUCGUUUGCUUUCUUGUGGACGGUAAGGAACAUGAAAGUGGUGAGACAGACGAAUGAGCUAAAGGUGUUUUAUAACUUCCUCUACAUAUCGUUCGGGCUAGCGACGUUUCUCAUGGUGGUCAUCAUCACUGACAAACUCUCCGGCUUUACAAGAAGUGAGUUUGGAGGCAGUGCCGCCGUGGUGAUCGUCUUGCUACUUCUACCGAUCAUAGUAGUCGUCUUGGAAGAAAGGAAGCUCUGGAAAGAUAAACAAGUCGCCUUAAAUGAUCCAGCACCAAUCAAUAUCGUCACGGAGAAAGCAAGUUUAGUUUCAUUAGAGGUCAAAGAUGAUAACGAAAGGUCAACGAAAGUGGAGCGUGUUAAAACGGCGUCGUGUUGGACGACUAUAUUUAGUCCACCGGAGAGAGGAGAUGACUAUACGAUCUUGCAAGCGUUGUUUAGCUUCGACAUGUUGAUAUUAUUCUUAGCGACCAUAUGUGGUGCGGGAGGGACGCUGACGGCUAUAGACAACUUGGGUCAAAUAGGUGGUUCAUUGGGUUAUCCAAAGAGAAGCGUGAGCACGUUUGUGUCACUAGUAAGCAUAUGGAACUACUUCGGUCGUGUGACUUCAGGUGUACUCUCAGAGAUUUUCUUGAUCAAAUACAAGUUCCCUAGGCCUAUAAUGCUCACAAUGAUCCUCCUCUUCUCAUGCACCGGUCACCUCCUAAUCGCUUUUAACGUCCCUGGCGGACUCUACGUGGCAUCGGUCAUCAUAGGGUUUUGUUUUGGUGCGCAAUGGCCGCUUCUAUUUGCUAUAAUCUCCGAGGUGUUUGGGCUUAAAUACUACUCUACGUUGAUUAACUUUGGGUCGGUCGCAAGCCCGAUCGGGGCUUAUUUGCUAAACGUUCGGGUCGCGGGGUAUUUAUACGACAAGGAGGCGGAGAAGCAACAUAAAGCAUUAGGGAUAGUGAGAAAGGAGGGGCAAGAUCUUAGCUGCAUGGGCACGGCGUGUUUUAAGUUGUCAUUUAUUAUAAUUACCUUGGUAACUUUGUUUGGUGUGUUUGUCUCGAUGAUUUUGGUGGUCCGGACCAAGAAGUUUUACAAGAGCGAUAUCUACAAAAGGUUUAGAGAAAAAGCGUUGGCGACUGAGAUGGAGAUGGCCCCGCCUGUUCCGGCAAGAUCGACGGCGGUAGAGAAUGGUAAUGAUAGUGGCAAAGUUGUUGGCAAAGGGGGGUAGAGUUGCUUAGUAGAUGGUGCGAAAUAUACUAAACAAGAAUAUAGCGUGAAGUAUUUUGUAAACAAAUUAUAUGUUCCGUGUCCUUGGUCCAUCACACGUUCACACCCUUCUUUUAGAGCUACUAUACUUUAUUUGAUGUUUUAAUCGUUGUGUUUUUGGAGUCUUGGAAAGUAGUGAAAGGUUAAAGUUUGGAGAUAGGUAAGGGUCAUCAUGAGUCAACUAAUGAGUUGGACUUGUGAUUUUAUGAGGCCACAAGGGAGUGCUUUGAAUAAAUCAUUAAAAGAUAAAGAACUAAACUAUUGCAAGUGAGAAAAGUUGGCUCACAUGUGUUGGUGACUUGGACUUUCAUGUCGGUCUACAUCUUCCGUAAUGUGAAUAUAGAAUGAGUGCGUCACAAUGAUACGUGGAAAGUUGAAAUGUUAAACGCGUUUAAGAACAAGCAAAUUGUUUUGAAAACGUGCAACAUUUAGGAAUAUACAUAUACAGUAUUAGAAAAUUAAAGUCUCAAACUUGAAGUUAGUGGGUAGUACUAGAUUUAAAAAGAUACACUCGUCAAUUGUUUCACGCUCCUGUAGUGGAUAUGCAAUUAUGUAGUGGAUGAAGAAUCAAAAAAAGACAAAGCAACAAACUGUUAAAAAGUCGUCUCGAAAUAUUAGUUUAGGAUGACCAAAACUAUUUAUAGGGAAAUAAAACAUCAAAAGUACAAAGAAUUAACCGAGUGGAUGAAACUCUUAGAUUAUCUAGUAAAUGUUUAUCGAGUCAUAGUUCAACUUUCGUUCGAAGAUAUUCUAUCUAAAAGAAAAUAACUGAGCUUAGAAACCUAUGUCUUAAAAGAGUGUAAACAUAUAUCAAAGAACUUUUCAUUAUAAACAGUAUAAAUUAUGAACUUCCACAUAAUAUCUCUCGAUGGGUUAGUUUAUAAAAAUAGCAUGUUUGAGGUGUAAACAUCACCUGUUUCUUCCAUAGAUUAUUUCAAGUUCAGAUAAUUUAUGUUUUUUCCUUUCUAGUCUCCGGGAGGUAAUGUAAACCUCGCCGGCUUAUGGUUCUUGACGGAGUAUAUUCAUUGCCGACUUACAUGUGUAAACUUUGCAUCCAAUCCGUUUAAUAUAAUUUUCAGAUGACAAAAAACCAUCAUAUCACCACCCACUUAAUCAAAGUACCAUAUUUUAUACGUUGUUUUCCUAAAUUACCACCCAACAUUAGUUGAAGGUGGAAGGAAGAAAGACAUGAUAUCAGAGAUAAAGUCUUGGUGUCUUUAUUAGUGAAAGAUUGUGCGAUUCUGUAGAAUUUGUUUUGCCUUUCUCCUAUAUAGUGGAGAGAUAGUAGUAAAAAA